AAAUUAAUACACAUUAUGUUCUUAUCGUAAAAUUGCGUAAUAAUAAUAAAAAAAUAAUAAUAAUAAAAUAAAAAAUCUCGUCUUUAUCCUCACAUUCACCGGAACUCGACUAUGGUCGAGUCGUCGGCGGCGGCGACCCCCGCCGGAAUGGCGGCCUUCGCUGCGCACGUAAUCCAGGGGCGGUGGUUCUCCCUCUUCGCGUCAUUCCUGAUCAUGGCCGGCGCCGGCGCCACUUACCUCUUCGGCGUCUACUCCAAAGAGAUCAAAGCCACGCUGGCCUACGACCAGACCACCCUCAACCUCCUCGGCUUCUUCAAAGACCUCGGCGCCAACGUCGGCGUCCUGUCGGGGCUCAUCGCCGAGGUCACCCCCACGUGGUUCGUCCUCCUCAUCGGCGCCGCCGCGAACUUCGCCGGCUACUUCGCCAUCUGGCUCGCCGUGACUCGGCGCAUCCCCAAGCCAGCCGUCUGGCAGAUGUGCGCCUACAUCUGCCUCGGCGCCAACUCGCAGAACUUCGCCAACACCGGCGCGCUGGUCACCUCCGUCCGCAACUUCCCGGAGAGCCGCGGCGUCGUCCUCGGCCUCCUCAAAGGCUUCACCGGCCUCAGCGGCGCCAUCCUCACUCAGCUCUACUUAGCCGUCUACGGAAACGACUCCAAGGCGCUCAUCCUCCUCAUCGCCUGGCUCCCCGCCGCGCUCUCUGUCGUCUUCGUCUAUACGGUUCGUGCAAUUACUGCUCCCCGUCGUCCUAACGAGCUUAGAGUGUUCUACCACUUCCUCUACGUCUCCAUCUUCCUCGCCAUCUUCAUCAUGGCCAUGACUAUUCUCCAGAAGCUCGUCUCCUUCUCCCAGGCCGCCUACGCCGCCAGCGCCACCGCCGUCUCUGCUCUGCUCUUCGUCCCUCUUUUAAUCGCCAUUAGAGAAGAGUCUGCAAUUUGGCGCAAUCGAGACAAAAACGUCCCCAGGCCUAACCCUAACCCUAACCCUAAUAUCCCAAAUCAAAAUUCAAUUGAACCUAAAUUGAAUUCCUCUGCGUCGUGGUUUGCUGAGAUAUUUCUGAACAAGCCACAGAGGGGGGAAGACUACACGAUCUUACAGGCUUUACUAAGCACCGACAUGGUAAUCCUCUUCCUGGCGACGUUCUGCGGGCUGGGUUCGAGCUUGACGGCGGUGGACAACCUGGGACAGAUCGGGGAGUCGUUGGGGUACCCAACGAAGACGGUGAGCUCCUUCGUGUCUCUCUUAAGCAUCUGGAAUUACUUCGGCAGGAUCUUCUCCGGGUUCGUGUCGGAAACUCUUCUGUCGAGGUACAAAUUCCCGCGGCCUCUGAUGAUGACGGUUGUCCUCCUCCUCUCCUCCGUGGGCCUGAUUCUGAUCGCGUUUCCGUUCCGGGGCUCCGUUUACAUCGCUUCGGUUAUAAUCGGGUUCUCAUUCGGGGCCCAAUUGCCGCUGAUAUUCGCCAUAAUUUCGGAGCUAUUCGGACUCAAGUACUACUCGACCCUGUUCAAUUGCGGGCAGCUGGCGAGCCCGCUGGGGUCGUACGUCCUGAAUGUUAAGGUGACCGGUCCGAUGUACGACCGGGAGGCGCUGAGGGAGCUGGCCAGGAAGGGGCUGAGCCGCGCCGAUGUGAAGGAGCUGACUUGCAUCGGCUCGCGCUGCUACCGGUCGGCGUUUCUUAUUCUGGCGGCGAUUACGCUGUUUGGGGCGGCGGUUUCGGUGGUUCUGGUGGUGAGGACGAGGGAGUUCUACAGAGGGGACAUAUACAAGAAGUUUAGAGGUGGAGCUGAAGCUGAAGCUGAACAACAGCAGCAGCCGCCGACUACUGAAAUGGGAUUGAGGUCGUAGAAAUUAAUUAAUUAAGGUUGUCGGGAAAUCAAUUAUAGUACGAUGCCAAGUGAUCAGUCUUGUAUUAUUGUUACUUCUGCCGAUGAUUAACUCAUCGUACAGUGGAUGCGAUUGAAGUGAAUAUAAUACCGUGCAGGAUCGCUUCUGA